AUGGCCCCGCUGCUCCUCCUGCUGCUGCUGCUGCUGGCCACGGCCCACGGCCUGGGUGAGUGCCCCGACGCCAGCGGCGCCGCCGGGGGGUCCCCCACGGCCCCGACGUGUGGUGGUGCGCUGGGUGUGCACAUCGAGGGGGACAGGGCCCAGAGCGGUGCACCCUCUGUGCAGGUGACGCUCGGCUACACCCCAGAGCUGGCCAGCUCUGCCCUGGUGGGGCGGAUCACCGCCUCCACCUUCGUGCUGGAGCAGCCCCGCUGCGUCUUUGAGAGAUUCCCCACCGAGAACAUCUGGCUGGUGGUCGCCGUCCCCGAGGCCGUGAAUGACUUCAACAACAGCCUGGGGCCGGGGACCCCCGAGAGGGCCUUCCAGGAGUUCCCCAGCCCCGCCCGCGCCUACAUGACCCUCAACACCACCCUGCCCAACUACGCCUGCCCCAAGCCCUCCGAGGGCAUCGCGGUGCUGCACGUCGGCAUCGAGACCAGCUGUGCCAACGACACCUCCAGGCCCACCUGCAACGGACCCCUGCCCGGUUCUGGCCCCUACCAGGUGAAGUUCCUCGCCUUCAACGGCUCCGUUCCGGUGGCCGAGACGCAGUGGUCGCUGCCCAUCACCCUGCGGACAGCCGAGGACCCCAGCAGCAUCCCGGUGCCGGGCAGCGGGCACAGCGGUGGCAUGAUCGCCCUCACCACCAUCCUCUCCAUCCUCUUUGCCAUCCUGCUGGCUGGCCUGCUGGCCAUGCUGGUCUUCUGCUCGGACACCUGCGAUGUCAGCGGCAGCUUCAGCAAGCCGGAGGUGGUGUCGGUGCGGCGGUACAACACCCACCACGUCUACGACCAGCCGGCUGCCCGCCUCUGAGCCCCACCACGGCCCUCUGCUACCUCCCUGCCAC